AUGUCCACGGACACUUCUUCUCGAGGUGUCAAGAAGGACAAACAUGCGGCCCGCAAGGAGUCCGAUGCCAUGUUCCAAGAAAUGGAUGCCGACCAGAGCAGUAGUGCUUCGCAAGAAGAAAUUGCCAAGUUUGUGGCGUCCAACUCCCAGCUGUGGUCCGAGCUCAGCAGAAAAGUCAUGCAGCCACCGGAAGUUGUAAUUCAGGUUGCCACUCGAGUGGCCAUGGAGUUGACAAGUGGAAAAGAAGGACAAGCAGCUCUGGAUGCAGAGCUCACUCCAGAGCAGUUUCAUCAAUUUAGAAAGAAAUAUAUUCUGGAUUCCACAGGAUCAGAGGAGUUCUAUCAACGAGCUGUGUUUGCCAACUAUGAUAAAGACAGCAGUGGGGAAUUGGAUGCAAAGGAACUGGACCAGUUUCUUGAUACCAUCUAUGAGUCAAGAAGUGUUGUGAAAGGGAUAAUCACACUUCCUCCCAAGAAGAAGAUGAGAAACCUGAUCAUGAAGCGCUAUGAUGUUGAUGGCGGUGGAGGGCUUUCUUUUGGAGAAAUCAGGGGCGUUCUGAGUGGUGGAACCGCUGCUUUGCAAUCAGAUGCGUUGUUUCAGCAAAUGGACAAAGACAACAGCAGUGGUGCUUCUAGAGAGGAAAUCGCUCAAUUUGUCUCCUCCAAUGCACAGUUGUGGGCCAAGCUGAGCGUCAAACUAAACCAACCAGCACAAGUUGUCAUUCAGGUUGCUACAAGAGUGGCUAUGGAAUUGGCCAGUGGAAAGGAGGGGCAAGCUGCCCUGGAUGCUGAGCUCUCCCCAGAGCAGUUCCAUCAAUUCAGGAAGAAGUAUGUACUGGACUCAUCAGGAUCAGAGGAGUUCUUUCACCGUGCGGUCUUCGCAAACUAUGAUAAGGACAACAGUGGCGAGCUGGAUGCAGAAGAGUUGGAACAGUUUCUUGAUACAAUCUAUGAAUCAAGAAGUGUUGUAAAGGGAGUGAUCACACUUCCUCCCAAGGAGAAAAUGAGAGAUGCAAUCAUGAAGCAGUGUGACACCGAUGGUGGUGGGGGGCUUUCAUACAAGGAAAUCAGUGGCAUCCUAAGUGGUGGAACAUCUGCAUUGGUUGCUUUGAGCUCAACUGUGGCAGAGGACACGGAAGAGGAAGAACACAAGACAGAGGAGGGCGACAUGGAUGCUUCUGCUGUGGCAAGGCAGCGGACAAUGAAGUCGGUCGUCGACGCACGCAUGGCAGCAUCGUCUCUCUUGAAAAGUUUACAAACGCCGGAGGAAGCUGCUGAACAAGAGGAAGAAGAAGAGGAAUCGGAGUCUGAAGAAGAUGAGGAGGAAGAAGAUUCAGAAGAAGAAGCAGAUGGUGAGGUAGGUUAUGCAUCGAAUCCUGGUGUGGGAGAAGAAGCAGUGGAGCAUGUUCAUGCAGAUGAGAUGGCUCAGCAAAAGGAAGCGGAAGCUCAGGCCGCUGGGGACGUUGAAGCUGCAGCUGCAGCAUCUGUCCCCGAAUCUUCAGGAGAACCUGACGAUGAGACCGAUCAACAGAAGGAAGGGAGAACUCAGUCCACCGAGGACGUUAAAGUGGAGGCUGCGGCAUCUGUCCCCGAGUCUUCAGGAAAUCCCGACGCUGCUUCAGAGGAGGGGGGCGUAGAAGAAGUGACGGCCGAAGCGCCGUUGACAACCGAAGACACAGACACCGCGGACGAACCAGCGGGCGAGACAGUGGAAGAUGGUGAGGCAGAAGUGACGGCCGAGGCGCCGUUGCAAACCAAAGACACAGACGAAGUCGAAGAACCUACCGAAAAGUCAGAAACUCCUGAGCGAGUGGAAACUGAAGACGCAGCCGAUGUGGAAAAACCAGCAGAAACAUCAGCAUCAAUGCCCACUACUGCUACUACUACAUCAGGAGCUGUAGAAGGUGCUGAGGAAAUAGAGAAGGGCAGGGAGAGAGUGGAAACAGAGGCCGCCGUCCAUCCGGAAGAACCAGCAGAAACAGCCAGCUCCAAUGCCGAUGCUUCGCCAGAACCCGUCGGAACAUCUGUGGAGGAGCAGAUUGAGACAAAAGAGGCAGGUAAACACGGGGCUGCAGCCACAGUCGAGGCAGAAGCGGCAGUUUCAACCACAAAGCCCGCUGAAGAGGUCACAGCUGUCAAAAAAGAGGCAUCAGAGACUCCAAUCCCUACGACUUUGUCCGAGCCAGCAAAAACAGGAAAAGCAAAGCCAGAGGAGAAGCCAAAGCCAGAGAAGCCAACUAAACCGUCUCCACAGCAGAAUGGUGCACAGGUUCGGAAAGAAGAGGUGGACCUUUCAGAGGCUGAUGUCGCAGCAGGUGCCGCCCCUGCCGCAGUGACAGCAAAAGGAAAGGGGAAGAAAGAAGAAGAAGAACCAUUGGAGUGUCCUUGCUGUGAAUGGCUGGCAGAUGUCUUUGGCCGCCGAAACCGCAAGAAAGCCCCCAAGGGUUCUUGA